AUGAGUGUCAUUAGUGUCGGUGAUGUGCUCAAACUCUGCGAGAUAGCGAGGCGUUGCUACCGGAAUUGUCGCGACUGCACGGGCGAAUACAAGCGUCUGACGACUGAAGCACGUAGCCUUUCAAACCUCCUCGAAGACAUUACGGACAAGUUCGAUAAGAUACCCGACAACAAGAGGCAGCAGCUUCAAGAUGCAUACGAGCCAUGCAUCGAAGUGCUCCAGGAGCUGGACACGCUCCUUACACACUACAAUGGUCUUGAUACCAAAACCAAAAGAACGUGGGAUCGCAUCACGUAUGAUCCUGAGAAAUCGAGAAUCCUGCGCGAACGAAUCACGUCAAGCGUGACGAUACUGAACAGCUUCUACACUUCACUCAUACAUGACAACCAAGUCCUUAUACUAGAAGCGCUAGAAAGGCUUGAGCACGACUACAGGGGUGGACACAGAGAAGAGAGCAUCGCGUCGCUCGAAAGGAUUACAUCUGGGGCCGCCACGGACGAAGAUGAAGAGGACGAGGCAGCGUGGACCCAAGUACUGCGCGACCUCGAAGACGUUGGCGUAGCCAAACAGGACGCAUUGAGUUAUCGCGAUGUGAUCAUAGACUGGCUGGUGCAGGCCGUCAACGAGGGUCGUCUUCUAGAGCAACGUGCCGAGCCAGACGCUUUUCAGACCUUGUCUGUCGACUUCGGCGAAGCUCUUUCCGUGUUAGACUUUGGAGAUAUACCUGGAACGCAUCAUCUAGAUGUCCCUAACCUAUGGCCGUCUCAACCAAGGAGUCAAUCGACGCCAGUACGGCCUCCAUCUCCAUUGAUGACCCCGCCAACGGAGGAUUAUCAGAGGACGCGAUCAAUUCCGUCUCCGUCCACGACAUCUGUGUCGGUCCCUGAACGUUCAGCGGUAUCAUCAUAUGCCGUAUCACAUUCUCCGGAUACAGAUACGUCUUCGCUUUAUGCCUGGCCGGAAUCUGUGUCAAAAGUAGCCUCAACUCAUUCCUCAGUUGAGCAUCAAAUAAAACGCGUUCCUGUCCCAUCUCUGGGGCUGCCUCAGGUCACGCCUACAGCACCAAGCCCAGUCAUCACGGCUACGUCCUCGUCUUCUCCAGCAUCAUCCCUAGCAGCAUUUACAGUACCGGCGCCACCUGCACGAGCACCUCCAUCGAUACCGCAGAUAGAUGCGACGCCCCCGAUUCUCGCGGCAGACACAAUGCCUCCGAUUCCCGCGACGCCUACAGCUCCAGAGGUAUUGCCAUCUCUUGAGCCGCCUUUGGCAUUUCCGGACGCACUGUUACAAACAUCUGCUCGACCAGUUCAACCACAUGUAGAACCGUUGAUACUCCCUGUACCCCCAUCUUAUUAUGAUAAACAUGGCACAGAAACAGCGGAUCUAUACUGGACUGCUCAACAAGCAAUUGCAGCGUGGAGUAGGCGCGACUUCGUGACCGCGUCCAGGCACCUCGAGGAGCAGUUGGCAGCUGUUGAGCGAGGGCAUACUGUUAUCAGCACUGGUACACAGCCAGAUCGCAGGAUUCUGCGCCAUCUCAUUGGCGUCUGUCACUCGUUCGCGGGCAACUUCGUUAAAGCAAAGCAGUCGUUCGAAAGUGUUUUCAAUGGCAUAUAUCUCAACCGCACCAACCUGGAUGACGGUGAUAUUGCUGCAGCACGAUGGCUAGGCGACGUGUGUCUACAUCUCCGGGAACAUUGUAAUGCUGCUCUGGCAUGGGGUGUCGCUCUUGAGGGCUCUGCUGGUCGCUAUGGGGCUGUGAGAGAUCGAACUCGGCGCAUUUGUGACGAGCUUCGCCUGCUCGAUCACUGGCUGUUCGUGUUUCGGAGGAUCGAAAACUCGUUCCAAAGUAACAUGGACCCGACAGACAUCUUUCGCCAGACACACGCCGUCGAGAAGAGCAACCUCAUCGCAACCUUGAAGAUACACCUUUACGAGGCCGGAGGUUUUCCAGGACCCCGCCCCUCGCCGCCUGUCAAUCCUGCGUUUUCACCUUCGUUCAUGAUUUCCGCCAGGCCCAAGGUCGAGACAUCUAUCUCGGAAGGCUUCUUGCUCAGCCCUCUGAUAUCCCUUGGUGCAUGGCCUCUCCCCUGGGACCCUACAUUCAAUGCUGUCCACGCUGUCCAGUUGGACCGCCAUAUGAACACCAUUAGAACCGUCAGCUACAUCAAGCCGCUAGUCGAACACAAUCUGCAAUCGCUGACCUUGGGCGAUUCGAAGAAACUCCACUAUGUUACCAAGAGGGGCAGUCGAUGGCUGAUAGAGACGGUCAAGCAAGGCCUCCAGGAAAUGUGUAUAGAGCACGCCGAAAGUCCAAAUACAGAAGCAAUUUACUGUACCCUAAACCAGCAUCGGGAUGGGUAUGCAUUCUCUGAAGGAGUGGAAAUUUCCUUCAGGAAGCUACAGUUUCGCAGCAUCUACGGCCUAAGGAUCAGCGAUGUGAAGUGGUCGACGAGAUCAUUUGGACCCGGGCAGGAAAAAGACACUUCCGACUUCCGCGAUAUACUCAAAAGCAUAUUGGAGCGAGCGGAGAACGAGGCGGCGAGCGCAUCACAACACACUGCGAACACAUCCACUGCGCUGAGCCAGAAUGGUUUCCAAACUUACGGUUGA